AUGCCUAAGAAUAAGGGAAAGGGAGGAAAGAACAGGCGUCGUGGAAAGAACGAGAACGACAACGAGAAGCGUGAAUUAACCUUCAAGGAAGAAGGCCAAGAAUAUGCCCAAGUCAUCAAGAUGCUCGGAAAUGGUCGUCUCGAAGCCCUCUGCUUUGACGGAACAAGACGUCUUGCGCAUAUUCGAGGAAAGCUCCGCAAGAAGGUCUGGAUCAACCAAGGCGACAUUAUUCUCCUCUCCCUCCGUGAUUACCAAGACGAGAAGGGAGACGUCAUCUUAAAAUACAGUGCCGACGAAGCCAGAAGUUUAAAAGCCUACGGAGAACUACCCGAGAGCGCAAAGAUCAACGAGACCGAUACUUAUGGACAAGGCGAGGAUGGAGAUUGCAACUUCGAGUUUGAUGAUGAUAGAGACAGUGGUAGUGAGUCUGGUGACGCUGCCGAAGGCGGAAAGGGCAAGGAGAUUGAUAUUGAUGAUAUUUAA